UGCAGUUCCGCCAUUCGCGAUCUCGGCUGUCAAUCACCAGAUCCCUGUGAUUUCUCGCUGGCACCCGAUGAUCGCCGAGAAUUACCGACGGGGGAGAGAACUAUAAUCAAUACAGUUCUCUCCCCUGUCAGCUCCUGCACACUGGUUUGUAUGGCUCUGCAUAGCAGAGCCAGUGGAAAGCGCACACACAGCUUACUAUGAAACAGCACACAGUUAACCCUUUGAUCGCCCCAGAUGUUAACCCCUUCUUGCCCAGUGCCAUUAGUACAGUGUCAGUGCUUUUUAUUAGCACUGAUCACUGUAUUGGUGUCACUGGGGAUGCCAGUGACACCAAGUCAGUUCCCUCCAGUGUCAGAACGCCCGCCGCAGUCCCGCUAUAAGUUGCUGA